CUUAGGAUGCAACAGCUGAAUGAAUGUGAAAUCAAAAACUAACAAAUAAAGCAAAAAGGAGGAAAUCUCCAACAAAGAACCAAAGCAACACAAACCAAAGGAGAAUAUACCAAACAACUCACUAAGAAAAGAAGCAAUUGAAAAGGGGGAGAGAAAUCGAUUGAGACAAGAUGAAGUUGGAGGCAUCUCUAGAGGACAUGAGUGAGUGGAGGGAGGUCGACUUUGCACUGAACAGCACCUACAUUGUCCAUGACCAGUCGUCCGAACCUAGCUUCAGUCUGCCCAAGGCUAUGACCUCCAUUCCACGGAACCUCACAUUCCAGUACAGUGAAGACAACCAGGUAAUUGGUGUCUUCAGCAAAGAGUAUAUACCUCAGGGUACACGAUUCGGGCCUCUACAAGGAGUCAACUACACCAAAGACAACGUGCCCCCUCAGACUAACAGAAAAUACUUUUGGAGGAUCUACAGUGGUGGGCAGCUACACCACUUCAUUGAUGGCUACGACGUGCAGCGCAGUAACUGGAUGCGGUACGUCAACCCCACGCGCUCACUAGCCGAACAGAACUUGGUGGCCUGUCAAAAUGGCCAGGAGAUCUUCUUCUACACCGUCCGGCCUGUGGAGCCCAAGCAGGAGCUGCUGGUGUGGUACAGUGGGGAGUUCUCCCGAAGACUGUGUAGUCAGCCUGAGCAACCAGACAGAGAGAAGCCAAAGCACAUACCUGAUAUCGCAGGAUACGACUAUCAGAAGCAGCCCCUACCUCAGUACAUCUACAACCCUAAACAGACCCCAACCCCACACAAACUUCAAAGUGAGGGAGAGGAAGACGAAAUAGAUGAAAAGAUUGAUGUAGAGGUUAUCGAGAGGGACACGCCGCCUGACACACCAGACGAACAGGUUGUGGAUUUUAGCAAGAAGAUCCAUAAAGCUGCACCACCAGAGCCUGUGCAUUCUCCACAUUCCAAUCAAAGAGAGCUGAACAUGAGCACUAAUCCAUAUCCCACCCUUUCCCCACCUCAAGACCUUCCUCUCCACCUACAUGGCCUCUACGGUAAUCGGGAAGGCUUGAUCUCUUACCCUCUAUUGCCCUCACCAAGACCUCUACAAGCUCCAUAUCCUAUUUUAUCACCAUACAACCCCCAUUAUCAGCGCUUGUUGUUGCCUUCAUAUUCCCCUCCCUUUCCCUCUAUGUUGCCUUCGAAAGGGGGUCUCCGGUACAAUGGCUUCCUGGGUAGUGAUGGCUUGCCCUACCCCUCUAUACCCCAACCUGGUCUGUUACCUAUUACAUUGCCUUAUCCUACCCCACUUCAUGGAGGUCUGAAGGAAAGAAUCCCGAAUGCUCCACCCCAAGGAGCCCCCGCGACCCCAGAACUCUCCCCUCAGCCAAAGCACUUGCCCCAGCAAACCUUUCAGAAGACCUUCUCUGAAUGUGAAGAGGCCAUCAAUCUCAGCAUGGCAACACCCAAGAGCAUGUCACCAUCAUCCUCGUCCUCUCCACCAGUCCCUGGGUACAAAUCUCUCCCAUACCCACUUAAAAAGCAGAAUGGCAAGAUCAAGUAUGAAUGCAAUGUCUGUCUCAAAACAUUCGGUCAACUCUCCAACCUCAAAGUGCACUUGAGGGUCCACAGUGGAGAGAGGCCAUUCCAAUGUAAUCUUUGCAAAAAGAACUUUACCCAGCUAGCUCACUUACAGAAACAUCACCUUGUCCACACUGGAGAGAAGCCACAUGAGUGCCAGGUGUGUCACAAACGCUUCAGCAGCACCAGCAACCUCAAAACCCACCUACGCUUGCACUCCGGGGAGAAGCCCUAUCAGUGCAAGCUGUGUGGGGUGAAAUUUACCCAGUACAUACACCUCAAACUCCAUCGUCGGCUGCACAGCUCUCACGACCGGCCCCACUGUUGCCAGGCCUGCAACAGGGGUUUCAUCCAUCGCUUCUCUCUGCAUCUCCAUCAGCGUUCAGGCUGCUCUCCGACUGCCUGUACAGAAAUCCCAGAACUGAGGCGAGCAGCGGAGCUUGUAGAGUGCUUUGAUGCCAGUCACGAGGCUGAGGCUCUGCCUGAGAGUGCCGAAGAGUCUCAAGUAGAUGCCACCCUGGAAAAAUGGUUGGUGAGAAGUUUGGAGAGUGGCGAAGGGAAAGAGGACCUUGGAUUCCUCAAGACCUUUGCUGCAGUACCACAAAGGGUGACUGCCAUCGGACAUCACCAAGAAAGAGCCAGUGUGGUACACUUCAACCGUCAACCCUCUAUAAAGACAGAGGAGGAGUAGUCAAGGGAGAAAGAUGAAAGGAUGACAUUAUAGCUUUUUCAGGUCUUCCUAAAAAAAAAAAAAAAUGUAUUUAAGCACAUGGAAUUCCCUAGUUGACACCAAAAAACCUCUCCUCCCUGGUACACAGGGAUAAAUCAGAGAGAGGAAGAGGAAAUGAGAGGCGCACCAAACAAAUAGUGUUUCCAAAGACUUGAAUAAUGUGUCAAGUGAUUGCACUUCUACUCUCUUACCUGCUUUAGAAUGAAGAUGUGAUUUAUAAUGUCCUCAUACUUUGUUUGGUUUUUAUUCUGAUGAGAGUCGGUUUGUGUGAGUUUGUCUUAACUUAUUAUUGCAAAAGUUUUUUUUUCUAACUUUUUUUAAGAGCACUGUAUCAAAUGUAGUUGAAUACUUAUUUGUGUACUUUUAUGUGUUCUUUUUAUGUAUGGCUUACUGUUGUGAUUUAUUUUAAAUGUUGGGAUUCUCAGGAAUAGUUUGUCAAUCCCUCUAUGGACACUAUGUGACAGUCCCUGAUGCAUUGGAUAUUUACUGUCCAUUCCAAGUGUGAUUUCAGUGUAUAUGUGUACAAAUUGAGUAUGUUUGAAUGAUUGUUCCUGGAUUUAAAUUACUUUAGACAAGAGCCCUUUUGAAAAUAUAAAAAGCUAUAUUGACAGUAGUGUCAAUCUAGGUUUAAUUCACUGUAAUUUCUGAAUUGCUUUUCAAAACUUUGUGUUUUCUUGUCAGCAAAUAUAUUCUGAACCCCUUUGACAUUGAAAAGUAAACAUGCAUGACUUUUUAUUUAAUAUUUAAAUUGAAAGAAAGAUUCUUUGUUUUAUUAGUUUUAUUUUAUUGUUUGUUAGUUGGUUGUGUUUACCAUUGCUUACUGUUUUCUCUUUAAUCCAAACAAGUAUUUUAGCACUAUGAAAAUUUCCAAAUCAAUGUAGCUGGAAUUGAAUUUGCCAAUCACCUCAGAUGAAGAUUGCAAUACUUCUUCUUUUUUUGCAGACACAACAGUACCUCAUACUAAAACAAUUAAAUUGUUAGCUUGAUUUUUUACACUUGUUUAAUUUAUUUGAUAUCAGCACUGGAAAAAGCUGGAACUAGAUCCAAGUGCAGUAUAUUUGAUACUUAGCUACAAAAGGGAUUAUAAAUGAUACUGUUCCAUAACUUUUUUGUACAGUUCUUUUGUUUUUUCUAGUUUAUUUUUGACUCCAUCUGAAAGAUGUUGAUACUUUAUAUGUGAGAAACUAUUUUUGAUAAACUUUUAUAAUGUAGCACAUUAAACAUUACUUCUCUAAGCUCUCUGCUUUUUCUGUCAUGUCGUGGUGUUGAUGAACUUACUAUGUCAAUAUAAUCAUGUAUUCACACUU